AUGCCGACCGUUCACCUCCUAGAUUACGUCGCGGGCAAUGUCCGCUCGCUCGUCAAUGCCAUCGAGAAGGUCGGCUACACUGUCGAGUGGGUGAAGUCGCCGGCCGAUCUCCCUUCCGCAGAGAAACUCAUCAUUCCCGGCGUCGGUCACUUUGGACAUUGCCUGUCACAAUUGGAAAAGGCGGGCUACGUCGAACCGAUCCGCCAACACAUCAAGGCCGGCAAGUCGUUCAUGGGAAUUUGCGUCGGUAUACAAGCUCUAUUCGAGGGGUCGGAAGAGGACCCGAAUGUAAAGGGCCUGGGGAUAAUACCUUCGCAAUUGAAAAAGUUCGACGACAAGGACAAGAGCGUGCCGCACAUUGGUUGGAACAGCGCAAACACAUCAAGGACCGGCCAAGCCACCGACGACUCGUUCUACGGACUACGACCGACCUCGAAAUAUUACUAUGUCCACUCGUACGCCGCACCAUAUGAGGAGGGCAGGUUGGAGAAGUUGGGCUGGACAGUCGCAACCGCACGGUACGGGGACGAAGAAUUCAUUGGUGCGGUAGCCAGGGACAAUGUGUUCGCGACACAAUUCCAUCCCGAGAAGAGUGGUGCACCGGGCCUGCGCGUGCUAAAGGCCUUCCUCGAGGGGACCAGGUCUCAGAAGUUGCCGAAACAGCUUUCCGCGGGAGACACGAAAGAGGGCCUUACGAGGCGUGUCAUCGCGUGUCUUGAUGUGCGAACAAAUGAUCAGGGCGAUCUGGUGGUGACAAAAGGCGACAUGUACGAUGUCCGGGAAAAAAAGGGCGCCGGAAAUGCGGUACGCAACCUGGGUAAACCGGUGGAGAUGGCAAAGAAGUACUACGAACAAGGCGCCGACGAGGUCACCUUCCUCAACAUCACAUCUUUCCGCAACUGCCCUGUAGCGGACAUACCGAUGCUAGAGAUUCUACGUCAGACGAGCGAAACGGUCUUUGUACCACUCACGAUUGGCGGUGGCAUACAGGACACAGUGGAUGUAGAUGGCACUAAAAUCUCAGCCCUCGAUAUUGCGACUAUGUAUUUCAAGUCUGGCGCGGACAAGGUCAGCAUAGGCUCGAAUGCCGUCAUAGCAGCAGAGGAGUACUAUGCGCGAGGAAGCAAGUUGGCGGGUAACACUGCGAUUGAGACUAUCUCCUCAGCGUACGGCAACCAGGCUGUUGUCGUCAGUGUCGACCCAAAACGUGUCUACGUGCAGUCACCGGAAUCGACACCGCACCACGCCAUCAAGACAAGUCGGCCUGGGCCUAACGGCGAAGAGUACUGCUGGUACCAAUGCACCAUCAAAGGUGGUCGCGAAGGUCGAGACUUUGACGUGCGGCAAUUAGUCACUGCAGUCGAAGCCAUGGGCGCAGGCGAGAUCCUUCUGAAUUGCAUAGACCAGGACGGAAGUAACAGCGGGUUUGACCUUGAACUCAUCAACGAUGUCAAGGAUGCGAUCAAGAUACCCGUAAUUGCUAGUAGCGGUGCCGGCAAUCCAGGACAUUUUGAAGAGGUGUUUGCGCGAACGCGGACAGACGCUGCGUUAGGCGCGGGUAUGUUCCACAGAGGCGAAUACACUGUAAAGCAGGUCAAAGAUCACCUGCAAGAGAAGGGGCUAGUCGUGAGGCCGUUCGAGGCGGACAUAUAG